CUCUGACAGGUCCUUCUGCCCCGUCUGGCACGCAGACAGACAGGCACACGCGCCGGGCGAAAGCGUGCAAGUGUAAGCGUGCGAAAGCGGGAAAAUGAGGAUCAGACGUGGCAGAUGAGAGGAGAGGGAUGAAGACCGGGAUGAAGACCGGGAUGAAGGCCGGGAUGAAUCCGCAUCCGAAGAGAGGCUGCUGCCGGCGUCUUCGGAUCAGCGAAGACAAUGCCCGUUUCCUUCUUCUCGGAGUCGUCCUCAUCAUUUAUCUUCUCUCCGGGGCUCUCUUGUUCCAAUUCCUGGAACAGGACGAGGAGGUGCGCAUGAGGAAGCGAUACUGGGAGGCCUACGAUCACUUUCUCUCCCGAUUCGAGCAAAAUCAGGCGAGCAUGUCGGACGUGGAGGUCCUGAUGGAGGCAUACAGUCAGGCGAAGGUGAGCGGGAUGCUGAACGGCACCCGGCCGAGGUGGGACUUCCUGGGGUCCUUCCACUUCGUCGCCACCAUCGUCUCUACCAUCGGAUACGGAGCGACGACACCUCAAAGCAACGUGGGGAAAGUGGCCGUCAUGUUCUACGGAUUCCUGGGCUGUUCCGGAGGGAUCUUGUUCUUUAAUCUCUUCCUGGAACGAAUCAUCACUUUCCUCGCAUUUCUUCUCCGCACUUACCACGUACGAGAGUUGCGGAAAUUCAGAAGCCGUCGAGUCUCGGUCUCGUUCAGCAAUAAUCCGGGGUCGGGAGACAAAAGACGAGCGUCUCAGGACUCGGUCUUGGAGACGGAAGACAGUCUGGAGAACUGGAAACCCAGUGUCUAUUGGGUGAUGGUGUGUCUGUUGGGGAUCGCCCUCGUGAUUGCCACUGGGGUUUCCGCCAUGUAUUCUCCGUUGGAGGGGUGGACAUACCUGGAAUCCAUCUAUUUCUGCUUUGUCACCUUUGCCACGAUCGGAUUCGGGGAUUUCGUGUCGGCUCAAAAGCCGGAAUACCCUAACGAGGCCUUCUAUCAUAUGGGCAACUUCCUGUGCCUCACGUUCGGCUGCUGCUGUAUCUAUUCCCUCUUCAAUGUGAUAUCGAUCGUCAUCAAACAGUUCCUCAACUGGCUCAUCAAGAAGCUGGACCUUCAGUGCAAGUUUCACAAGGGGAAAAAGUCCAGCCCGAGCCAUUUGGGAAGGCGAUUCCCGAAGCCGAAAAUUUCGAAGAAAACCACGGAGCAAGACGUGGAUUCCGUCUACGAUUCCGGGAGUGAAGAGGGCUCGGAUGAAAUGAUCUCGACUCACGUGAAGAGCAACAAGUUUUCGUUGGCCGUCCUCCAGAAACAGUUGUACGAGACUGCCCAUCAUCACCAUCACCACCACCAUCACCACCACACGGUGGUCGUGUCGCAGCCGCGGACUCCGACCGGGAGUUUCACGCCCGGCACCGUCGGACCGCUCGCCAUCGUCACGCAGAAGUUGGAGGGAGAUAGUGUUUAA